AUGACCACUCAUAACCAACCACCAGCAUCUCUAGUGGCCGCGGGCAUAUACUCUCCUGAUCCCGCACAACACCGGCUAGCACGACAUUUACACAAGAUAUACAUCCGUAUAAAGGACUAUUCUCCCCAAAUUGAAUACCGCCAGCGGCUCAAUCAAAUUGCUCGCCUCACUGAGCCCAAGAAGCCGCCAGAGGAAGAGACUGGAGAAGGCAUCCUCGCACUGCGGAACCACGCAAUAUGGCGGAAUCCUCUCUUCAAGCAACUACUUCAUACUCGUGAAGGACAGGAGAGUCUAGCACUUACGCGGGUUUUUACCAAUCACCAAACAGCGAUAGAGAUCGAUUCUCCCAAAGGACUGUUUCUUUCGGGAGAGGUUGGCACGGGCAAAUCUAUGCUUCUUGAUCUGCUGGCGGAAGGCUUGCCUACACAGAAGAAGAAGCGAUGGCACUUCAACACAUUUAUGCUUUAUACCCUAUCUCAACUCGAGAAGCACCGAAAAUCGGACAUUCAGUCUUCCAGUGCGGCUGCAGAAUACUCUCUUCUUUGGAUGGCCAAGAAACUCAUCGAUGAAUCACCAAUCCUCUUCCUGGACGAGUUUCAGCUCCCAGAUCGAGCUGCAAGUAAAAUUCUCAGCAACUUAUUUGUUACUUUCUUUCAACUUGGCGGAGUCCUUGUCGCGUCUUCAAACCGGAUGCCCGAAGAGUUACAGAAAGCUACGGGCAUUGAUUACGCGCCAACAUCAAGAGGUCUUAUGGGGAGGAUAUUUGGCGGCGUGACUCGCAGUCGAGGAGAGCUCUUUGGCCAAUCGAGUGAUUUUGCCGCAUUUCUGGAAGUUCUCAAGGCGAGAUGUGACUUUUGGCAGAUGGAGGGCGCCCAAGACUGGAGACGAAGAGACGAGGAUUUCGGCCCUGAUGCUUCUGUGAGCCAAACACGGGAUGCCGAUAGUGCAUUACACAUCAGCGCUCCGGUUAAGAGCAAAGACGAUGAGUCGAAAUCCCAAAAGAGACCGCACUACUAUUAUCUCUUUGAUGAGGAAGACCAAUCAUUCGACCAUAGAGCUCGAGAGGUCGUAUUAGGGUCAAACAGCAAGCCAAUCCCAUGGGAGUCGUCCAAGCUCAUUGUCUACGGCCGUCAAGUUACUACACCAUAUCACUACAACGGUUUCGUCUUCUGGAAUUUCGACAAGCUCGUUGAAUCAUUUGGACCCGCAGACUACCUUACAAUGGCAUCCACAUAUCACACUUUCAUCAUCGACCGCGUGCCCGUGUUGACGUUGCUUGCCAAGAACGAAGCCCGGCGUUUCAUCACCCUCCUUGACGCCAUGUACGAAGCUCGCUGCAAACUUGUCAUCCGCGCCCAAAGUCUUCCCGACGAUCUUUUCUUCCCUGAAUCAUCAGUGUCCUCAGGCUCCCAAUCAGAGGGCCCAGAAAAAGAUAACAAAGACAACAGCACCAAUACCGACGACAACGACGCAACUUACUCAGAAACGAUUGCCGAAGUGUACCAAGACUCGAUAUCCCCCUUUCGUCCCAACGUAUCCUACUACGACACCAAGUCCGCAACGUCAAAAUACGAUCCAGACCAAGACUCCGAUUUUGGCCUGCAGAAACGCCCCGUGGACUUUGCCAACACUGGUGCUUUUACGGGUGAAGAUGAGCGCUUUGCCUACAAGAGAGCCGCAUCACGCCUGUGGGAGCUGUGUAGCGCUAGGUGGCAUGCCAGAACAGGAGACUGGUGGCAGCCGUUGGCUAUAGAAGCGCGCCACUGGGAAGGGGGCCAGGCAUCAAAGCCGUACCAGGUGAAGCCCAUGGAGAAGAAGAGCGCGGAUUCUGGAGAGGGAAUGGGAGAGAGUAUAGAGGUGGAAGAGGUAGCGGGCUUGUCAAAAUGGAGAAUUAUGCAUUUGAAGAAGCAGAGCGAGGAAACGGUGUGA